AUGAGUGGAAUCCACCGAUUCCUGACACGUCGCGACCGACACCAAAAGUUGCACAAGCAAAGCAAAGAAGAGGCAUCCCACCUUCUCUCGCGGCCGCUAUUCCAGAACUUCUUCAAGUCAGAAACCAAGCUAGAGAAUAACCAGGAACAUGACAAGAAGGUCAAAGCCCUCAUCCAACGCAUUAAACAACUCGGCAUCACUGCAUUAGAGGAGGAACAUAUCAGCUAUGCAUUACAAGCUACCCAAGGAGAUACAGAAAAGGCCUUCAGUCUACUUCUUUUGCUGGAGGACUCCAUUGAAGGCAUUAUUAGGACCUACACACCCAACACAAAGCUUCUAGGAGCAGAGAAUCGUGCUGGAGUUACAUGCUACCUGGAUGCAUUAUUGUUCGCCAUGUUCGCACGGCUUGAUUGUUUCGAAGCCAUCCUCUACAAGUCAUUUAGUGAUGAGCCGCGUCGAAAGCUUGCAGUUCUUCUGAGAUUCUGGGUGAAUCUUUUGCGAUCAGGAAAACUCAUUACAACUGAUAUGACAAAACAUUUACAGGAUGCUUUAGCGGAAUGUGGAUGGGAAGAUGCGGCCAAACUUCGCCAACAAGAUACAUCAGAAGCAUUUACAUUCAUCACUGAGAAGCUUGAGCUACCACUCUUGACUCUAAAGAUGGAUAUUUUUCACACCGGCAAAGAGGAUGAAAGCGAUGACCACAAGUUCAUCAACGAAAGGCUUCUGGAAGUUGCCAUUCCACCCGAGCCGACCGAUGGAGAGCAACCACUUACUUUGGAAGACUGUCUGGAAGCCUAUUUCAAUAACAGGAUUGAAGUAAAACGACACAUGGAGCGACGCAACACAGCUACCUCAAUCCGAUCAACGGAUUCUGCUUCCAUAUCCAAGGGCUCCACUACACAUGUUGAGGCCAUCGAGAUUGAGACUACGCCUACACUAUCCCCUAAGUCAUCUCACACUCUACAACCUGAAAGGCCCGGCCCGUGGUCAUCAUUCACUGAGUUCACUGAAGCCCUCGGCUCAUCUCGAACUCCUGGUCGACGCGCUAGUAUUGUUCAGGAGCGCUUUUUCCCAGAAUCAAGUGAAGACACAACUUCCGAUGAUACCAAUGAUGGGACCGAGAAAGCCGUCACUCCGGAAGGGCAGCCCCGAAGGGGAGUCUACAAGAAGGAAGUGAUGAUGCCUGCAUGGCAAUUUUUCAGCUUGAUUCCGUGGUACACGGAUAAUACGCCAACAAAUGAUGCACAAGUUGCCGCGCACUUUUCCUCCAAACGGCCAAUCCUUGGAAUGUGCCUCAAGCGCUAUUCGGUCUUGCCAAAUGGCAAGGCCGUCAGACUCAACACACAUAUCGAUAUUCCAACCGAGAUUGGCCUGCCUCACUUUAUCCAGGAUGACAACCUGGAUGCAAACGCUCCCAUCUAUGGCAAUUUCAAACUCUCUUUGCAGGCUUUGGUCUGCCAUAGGGGCAACUCAGUUGAUUCCGGGCAUUACAUCGCAAUAGUCCGGGGCACUAGCCCCACUGCUGACUCCCCUGGCAGCUCUGGCUCGGAUUCUUCAGAGACAUCGAAACAUUGGAUGCGUUUCGAUGAUCUUGCAGCAGAACGGGUGACUCUGGUUGACAUUGAUCAAGCACUGAAAACCGAAUCCCCCUAUCUCUUGUUUUAUCAAAUUCUUCCGAUAUCCGAAGAUCCAUCUGCUGUCAAUAUUCAGCCUGCGCCAUCCUCUCGGGCGUCAGAUGGCAGCACACUGGGCGAUCAACUAGAUUUAACCGAUGACAUGGCUUCUGACCGACCAAGUGUUGAGAUUACUGGACCCCCUGAAGCUCCUGAAGCUGGCACGCCGACUUUGACCAAUCCCCCAAGGCGUUCCAGUGUAACGUUCUCAGAAAACAGCAACCCAAGCGGUCUUCAGCCGAAUUCUAUUCCAUCAUCGUCGCCUAGAUUGGCACCUAUGGAAGAAGAAGGCACAAACAACUGGCGGUCGUUCUCUCGUCGUGGAUCCCGAACAACUAGGAGCAAUCCUGGAAGCCGUGCCGGCAGUCAAACCGGCGAAAACAGAAUCAGCGCUACUUUCUCGCGUUUCGCUGGACGUCUGAGCCGAGACAAAAUCAACAACGAUGGAUUUAACGAGGAUGGCGAAGGACACGAGUCUGCAUUGGACAUCGACGAGACAAUGGACGAGAUGAAGCUUGGGCCAGGUGCUUAUGAGAAGGAAAAGCAAGGAAGAGGACGAACAAAAGAUCGUGAGCGAAACAAGGGCAAGUCCAAGGAGAAAUCCAAGGAAAAGAGCAAGAGACCGGACCGGGAAUGUAUGGUGAUGUGA